CGGACAUUUGUCACGAAUUUUUAACAUUUGUCAAUGCUAAUAAAAUAUCAAAAACCUAUCGCUUAAAAACCGUAACUACUCAAUUACUAAAAUCAUGUCUUGUGGUGGUGGCGCGAAAAGAUUCACGAACAUUACUGGUUUGCCUGUAGCUAAAAACCCACACAAAUUACUUGCAGUGCUCUACGGAAAAAUUUUGAGGACCCUCCAAAAAAUGCCCGAAAAUGCAGCUUACAGAAAAUACACUGAGGAUAUAAUCAACGAACGCUCGCAAAUCCUGAUCUGCACGCCCUCAGUGGAAGACGUUGAAAAAGAAAUCGGCUGCGGACAAAUUGAAGAGAUAAUUGUCCAAGCUGAAAAUGAACUUAGUUUGUCCAGGAAGAUGUUAGCAUGGAAGCCAUGGGAUGCUCUUGUGAACCAGCCCCCACCAGGUCAGUGGAGUUGGCCUCCAGCCCAAGCUGUCCAACAACGUUGAGAGCAGAGUCUCACGUAGGUGUUUGUGAUUUGUUAAAAAGACUUUAAUACCUUCAUUAGAUGAUAAAAAUAAAUAGUAAAAAAAUAAAUUGUCACAAAGUUUUUCAUCUUCAUGAGAAACUGAUAAUACUUUACCAAAUCAAAGUCAUUGGGUUAAAUCCGUCUUUAAUUAGUUCGUGCAUCAAGCAGGACUUUGUAUGCGGAUGGUUAUUUUUCGCCCCUAGGGACUUAUUCCCCCAAGUCCAAUUUGGCGACUAAUAGUGUGUGGAUUUUCAAGAAAGAACCAAAUUAAUAGAGAAAAGCCAAAAAUAACUGGUUGGUCAUAGUAAACUACGCGUUUAUUUUCAAUGUGUACGAACAAAAAAAAUGGAAAAUGGUUCUAUUUGGUUGCGAAUUUUCACCGGCCAUCUUUGUUUUUAUUAAUUGUAUAAACUCAACAGUGUAUCAUGUGCUUAGGAAUUUUUCUAUUUAUGUGAAAAUAGCGGAAAAUAACUUUUCAUUUCCCUAGAAUAUCUACGCAUAAAUAAAUAUAUAUUUGCAUCUGGG